AUGUUGUUGCUGGGGUCACUUCGCGAACUCGCUGAAUCUCACAAGUCUGAAGUCGAACUGAAACCACGCAUCACUGCUCUGCUGAAUAGACUAGGAUUUAUCCCGGAUGACACGGAGUUGUUGGCGGGUCUUCCGGAGGACUGGUCGCUUUCAUCCGUAUUGUCUUUUGCCGAAGGUGCUCUGCUGUCGACCGCAAACCGCACCCGUUGUCAGCUGUUUCGGAGAGCGGUUGCAUCACGGGCACUGCGCAUACUUUCUGAUGCGGCACGAUCGCCUGCCCAUUCACGUGUUCAGAUUGAUGAGCAGACAAAUUGUGCAGGAUGCGGGGCGCCAAUUGGCAGCGAAGAUGUCGCUUGCUAUGUACGUCUCGAGGAACAACUGUUCCAUCGCAGGUGCCUUCUCAAGUCAUGA